UGAGGAUGUCCUUUUUCUAUUUUCAUCGUAAUAUGUUCAAACUCUAGAGUGAAGUCACCCAGCCUCUCGUCAAACACUUCUCUCCUCUUUGCCCUAAAUCGACAGUCGACAAACCAACCAUCGGCAGUUCGGCACUAGCGUCGCCUGUCCAUCACCGCCGGUCCAUCUUCUCCGGUCAAUCGUCGCCGGUUUACACCCUCCCAUCGACGCACCUCUGUUCUCCACUCGAAGUCAAACAGGUACUCUUUUCUCAGAUCCGACCAUCGAUGUAGCUACAUCUAUUGCUCUCAUGUGGCAUACAUCACUUUCCUGCUAAUUAAUUUUGGCUCCUUGAUUCCAUUCUACCAGAUAGUAGCUUGAUUUCCUAUCAUUAAAUUAGCACAUAGUUUACAAUCAGCUGCAUUUUUGUUUAUCCAUUCUACCAAACUGUUGAAUUUGACCAUGCUCUGAGGUUGUCUCCAUGCUUCUCUUUCAUGAGUCACAAAGGAAAUCCAAAUUCCAUUCAUAUGAGAGAUAGAGCUGAGUGUGUCAUUCUUUUGACUGAUAGCUUAUGGAGACGACGACGAGAAGGAUAAGCGGGCGACGGCGGAGCGAUCUGGAGAGAGGCGAGAGGCGAAAUUUGUUAUGACAUUUCGAAUGUUAACCAAACACUUGCAAAAACACUCGAAUACCUUGGCGCACAUUAUUCAAACCUACACCCAAUCCAAACAACUAUCUAAUGGAAAGCUACUUCAUGCGCAGCUCAUCACCUCUGGUUACCCAUCAUCCACGUAUCUUAUCAAUCAUCUCCUGUCCAUGUAUGCAAGAUGCGGUCAACUCGGGUACGCCCACAGGCUGUUCGAUGAAAUGCCUCAAAGAAACUUGGUUUCUUGGACUGCUAUGAUCUCUGCAUUUUCUCAGAAUUCUGAGUUCGCAAAAGCAAUUACCACAUUUUGUGGAAUGUGCGUCUUCGGUGAAAGCCCAAACCAGUUUGCAUUUUCCAGUGUGAUUCAAGCUUGCUCGUCUCUCAAAUCUGUCCAAAUUGGUAAGCAAAUCCAUUGUCUUGCUCUUAAGGUUGGGUUUAGUUAUGAGCUGUUUGUGGGUAGUAAUUUAGCAGACAUGUACUCAAAAUGUGGGUCUAUCAUUGAGGCUUGUAUGGUUUUUGAGGAGAUGCCUUCUAAAGAUGAAGUUUCAUGGAACUCAAUGAUUAAUGGGUAUGCAAAAAACGGGUAUAACGAAGAAGCACUGGUUUCUUUUAAGAAGAUGCUGACUGAAGAUGUUACAAUCGAUCAACAUCUUCUUUGUAGUAUACUUUGUGUUUGUGGACCUUUAAAAACAUAUAACAUUGGAAGAUCUCUUCAUUCCUUUGUUACAAAAUUGGGAUUUGAACAACAUAUUUCUGUUGGAAAUGCACUUAUGGACAUGUAUUGUAAACUAGGAGACAUGGAUAGUGCCUCACAGUUGCUCAACAUCAACUCUAAAGGUACAAAUAUCAUUUCCUAUACUUCUUUGAUUGAUGGAUAUGUUGAAUCUGAUCAAAUUGAGAAGGCAUUCACUAUUUUCAUUGAGCUAAAAAGACAAAGAAUUGAACCUAAUGAGUUCACCUUUUCUAGCUUAAUCAAAUCUUGUGCUAAUCAUGCCACUCUUGAACAAGGGGUUCAACUUCAUGCCCUAGUUUUAAAAUACAAUCUUGAUCAAGACCCUUUUGUUUCUUCCAUCAUUGUUGACAUGUAUGGGAAAUGUGGUUUGCUUGAUCAUUCACUUCAAGCAUUUGAGAAAAUCUCUAAACCAAAUGAGUACACAUGGAAUUCAUUGAUUGGUGUGUUUGCUCACCAUGGAUUAGGGCACAAAGCUAUAGAUGUAUUUGAAAAGAUGUUAUUGCAUGACAUUAAACCAAAUUCAGUCACAUUUAUAAAUCUUUUAAACGCAUGUAGCCAUUCGGGGUUAUUAACAGAAGGAUUAAGCUACUUCAACUCCAUGGAAACGAUAUAUGGUGUAAAACCUAAAUCAGAGCAUUACUCUUGUGUUAUUGACUUAUUGGGAAGAUCAGGGAAGCUUAAAGAAGCUGAAAAUUUUAUAAAAAGUAUGCCAUUUGAGGCAAACGCAUACGCUUGGUGUUCCUUUUUAGCUUCUUGUAGAAAAUAUGGCGAUAAAGAAAGGGGAGAGCUUGCAUCCAAAAGCUUAAAGAUUAUUGACCCUUUAAACAGUGGGGCCCAUGUUUUACUUUCGAAUAUAUACGCAAAAGAACAACAAUGGGAGGAUGUGAAAAGUGUUAGAAAGAUGAUGAAAGAUGAAAAUGUGAAAAAACUUAAGGGAUGUAGUUGGGUUGAUGUUGAUAAGAGAGUUCAUGUUUUUGGAGUUGAAGAUUUGUGUCAUGGGGAUAAAAAGGAGAUUGAUUUGAAACUUGAUGAGCUUUUGAGGAAGAUAAUUAAAAUUGGAUAUGUUCCUGAUGUUGAUUCUGUUCCAUUUGAUUUGGAUUAUGAUAUGAAGGUGAAGAUUUUGAAUCAUCACAGUGAGAGGAUUGCAAUAGCAUAUGCACUUAUAAGGAUGCCAAUUGGCAAACCGAUUAUUGUGAAGAAGAAUUUAAGAGUUUGUGUUGAUUGUCAUUCUGCAAUUAAAUUGAUGUCUAAAGUUGAAGGGAGAGAGAUUAUACUUAGAGAUAAUAGUCGGUUUCAUCACUUUGUGGAUGGAUCUUGUUCUUGCAAGGAUUUUUGUGUAAUCUGUUUGAUAUGCUAUUGUAGUGAGACUCAAGAUCAAGUUCAACAACCCGAGCAACCAAAUUCUGAGGGUCCAAGCCAUGUGGAUUUUGACACUAAGUUUUUGAAGAUUUGUUGGCGAAUGAAGGUGAAAGACUAUUUUUUGAAUAAGAUUAGACUGAAGUUGUUUUUAUUUUAGUUUUUUUUUAACAAACUUAAGAAUUUCGUGAUAUCUUUUUUGUAUUUUGUCCGGCUUUAAGAAUGAAAUAUGAAUCAUUAAACUUUUUAGUUAUUGUGAUUAUAUUUUUGGGUUUUCA